CCCUACAAAGAGCGCCUCCGGCCGCAUGUCCACGCAUUGCGCGUCCCCGAGCCCCGCGCAGGCAUGGCUCUCCUCCUGGAGCACCAGUUCAAACAGCUAUCCGCCGACCGGCAAGUGGAGACCAGACCCUUCCUGGAGUCCGUGUCCCACCUCCCGCCGUUCUUCGACUGUCUUGGCUCGACGGUUUUUGCUCCAAUUAAAGCGGACAUCAUGGGGAACAUCACAAAUAUCAAGGCGGUUUAUGACAGCAACCCAGGCCGGUACAAGACUCUUCAGCUCAUCCUCGAAGCGGAGAAAGAGAUGCAUGGAUCCCAGUGGCCCAAGGUUGGAGCCACUCUGGCGCUCAUGUGGCUAAAAAGGGGUCUUCGCUUCAUCCAAGUUCUGCUGCAAAGCCUAGUGGAUGGGGAGAGGGAUGAGAAUAACCCCAACCUGAUCCGCGUCAAUGCCAACAAGGCUUACGAGAUUGCGCUGAAGAAGUAUCACGGCUGGUUGGUCCAGAGCCUCUUCAAGGUGGGAAUGCUGGCCGCCCCCUACAAGUCAGAUUUCCUGAAGGCCCUGUCCAAGGGGAGGGACGUCAAGGAAGAGGACUGCUUGGAAAAGAUCCGCCAGUUCCUGGUCAACUUCACUGCCACCGUGGACACCAUCUACGAGCUGUAUAUGAAGAUGAAUGCCGAGCUCGACUAUACCGUGUGAUCCUCUUCCAUUCACACACCUCCAUGUGGUGGUGCACUUCAGACAAGCGGCUCAACUCCCAGCCGCACCUGUGGCUUCCUUCCACAUCAUUGUUCAUAACCUAGACUUUCACACCUGUGGAUGGCGUGUGUCCUCCUGUCCCGUGCCUUUUCCCUGAAUGCCUUAGCUUACAUCUUCUGCAGGGGUUCGUCCCGCAGUUUUAAUGCGCUCAAGUCUCGUACGUUGAAUUUACAGCAUAGAGCAGGCGUUGGCCACACACACACACAGACAGAACCGUUUUCAGUGUCAGGGUCAGCGACUCUGGCUUUGAUGGGUUAUUAUUUGCAAUACAGUCCAGGUAGCUUUGAGGAUUUCAGUUUUAACACUGAUGAUGGAUCUGAAUCCUUGGAUCUAAAGCACAAAUAUCUGAUGCUUGACUUAAGGUAUUUUUUAAAAUAUAUAAAAUCCCCUUUUACUGUGUAAUUUAUAGUUGUAUUAACAAUCCUUUUGAAUGUUAUCUCCAGUUUCAGAAAUGCAAUAUAUAGUUAUUCUUGGUUCACUUGUAUUCAUUUAAUUUUUUUCCUGAGUGAAUUAUACACUUCUACAGUUUCUUCUAAAACGUGUAGGUUGUUCUUGCUUGGAAAAUUGACGUCUGUCUUGAAAGCUUUCCUUUUCUGUAGGAUGACAGUGGUUGAAAUUUUUGAUAUUAGCAGUGCUACCCGUGGUAUCAGUCAAAAGUGUGAGUACACCUGGCCAGCGCCUCCAUGGGACAAUCUGGGCUGGAGCGUGAAAGCAAAGCAACACACGAGUGUUUGGCAUCUGUGGCAACUGCUACAAAAGAGCUGGUCAGAUGUGAUGCCUCAUCUACUACUAACAAUGACUAGUUUCCAGGAAGUGUGCUCAAAUUUUUGACUGGUGUUGUGUAUGAAGCUAUAUAUGAUGAGCUGGAAACUUAAUAUAUAUGAUGCGCUUCAGAUGACUUUUUUGUUUUAUUGUAAAGAAUUUUUAUUGCACCUUUAUUUCGGAGCCAUGCAAGAAGAGUAUGAUGCUGUUCCAGAUCUCUGCUUCUGUGUGAUCUUCUCCCCCUGGUCCCUCAAAAUGUUUCUCACCCAUCGAGGACAUUUGUCAUCGCGGCCUGCCUUUUUACACACUCACGUGUUAUCUAACGACUUCUUUUAAAACAGAGUUAAGUGUUUUAAUUAAGAAUUAAACUAGUUUCUCUAGUAUAUUUUAGUAAUAGUUUAGUAUAUUUUUCCAUACAAGAUUAAAGCGAUGAACCAAAGAAUUAGUUGUUUGGGUAAUGAAGAGACGUAUGUCCACUGCUAAGUGCUAAUAAUUCCAACAGCUCUGUUUGUUUUCAUAGAUCUACACCAAGAGUUUGGCUUACGUAUGAAUUAAAGUUUUUUUUUUUUUUGGAUGACCUCACAAAAUGUUCUCCAUGCUCGAACAUUUCAGAACGUCUCUUUCACCCACUACCAUACAUUCAUGUUUGAAGGACCAUGUUAGUCGUGUGUGUCGAGACCUGAUGGCGCCUUCACUGUGUAGAAGCGUGUGUUCUGUAACAGAUGCUUUGUAUUUGACACAUCUCCCAUAGCGGAGAUUUAAGUAGGAAAUGGGACAGGACUUGGCAGCGCGCUGCAGAGCUCCCUGUUAACAAUGGACUUGUCUCUGUGUGUGGAGCACAGCACCAGCCACUUCAAAUGACUGUGUUUUGCAGGAAGGAGCAGCUCUCUAAGUGUUGAGCAGCGUACACACGUCGCUGUGUUCUGCAGGUGAAUUGUGCAUCUUGGUGUGUUGGUGUUCGUAUGAUCAGUGUUUGGCUCCCAGUGAAACCAGCUGCACUGAGCUCUAUCUCUUGUUUCUGCUGCACCAUCUCAAGACCUUGCGAAGGUUCACAGGUAAUGUGAAAGGACUUCUUUGUGUGUGUGUGUGUUCACCUUCAACAGGACUAAUGCCGAGAUGAGCGUGAGUCUU